UCGCCUUCCUGGUCGCUACCGGCUUCCGGUUGUGUUUGCGGACUGUUUAUUUUUUUGUUGCUUGCCGUUCGUCGCCCGGCCGCCUUGUCGCGAACGAGCCGACGACAAGAUGGCCAUGUCCGCGUCGUCCGACGACGACGUGAGGAAGGAGCUGACCUGCGCCAUCUGCCUGGACUUCUUCAAGGACCCGGUCAUCCUCAAGUGCGGACACAAUUUCUGCCGCUUCUGCAUCUGCAUGCACUGGGACGAAAAUGGCCGCGACUACGGCUACCAGUGCCCCCAGUGUCGAACGGUGUUCAACAAGAGGACGUUCACCAAGAACUACCUGGUCCAGAAUCUGGUGGCCAAGAUGGACAGUCUGGAUUGCUUGGGUUCCAGUCCGACCCCCGCCAAGCCGAUCAAGGUGGACGGCAAGUGCGAGCUGCACGGCGAAGAGCUCAAGUUGUAUUGCCAGGCGGACAAGAAGCUCAUCUGCGUGGUGUGCCGCGAGUCGCGCACGCACAGAUAUCACGAGGUGGCUCCUGUCUCAGAAGUUGUCCAUGAAAUGAAGGUGGAGUUGAGACUGCGUCUGAGGCCGCUGAACAAUUUCAAGUCGCAGUGCGUCAAAGUCAUCACCGCCGACGAGCGCACCAAAAACGACAUCAGGAUGAAGAAGCAGCGUCUGAAGGAGAAGGUGGAGGCGGACGUGGGCGCGCUGGUUCAGUUCCUGCUGGACGAGCGAGACGCGCUGCUGGACAGCCUGGACGCCGAGGAGGCGGCGGCCGUGGCCGUGGUGGAAGACAACCUGGAGAGCGUCCGCGCCGAAGCGGCCGACGUGGCCAAGCGCCUCGCCGACAUCAACCGCCAAAUCAACAGCGACACCGGCUUCCAGAGCCUGGCCGAGACCUUCAACAACGCCUUGCGGGAGACGUACGGCGAGGUGAAGCCCGUCGACAGUCCCACCGAGUUCACCGACUUCUCGGGACCUUUCCAGCUCAUCAUGUGGAAGAAGAUGAUGCACGUGCUGCACACCAUGCCCCAGAACCUGACGCUGGACCCGGACACGGCGCACCCCAACCUCCUGAUCUCGGACUUUGACACCAAGGUGGAGGAGCUGCGCGCCCGCAGCCAGGAGCCCGACCUGCCGGUGCGCUUCACGCGCUUCUGCGGCGUGCUGGCCACGGCGCAGUACUGCGGCGGGCAGCACUACUGGGAGGUGGACGUGCGCGACAAGGGCGUGUGGUACCUGGGCGUCACCACCGAGGGCAGCAACCGCAAGGGCUUCGUCAGCCUCACGCCCUCGGCCGGCUACUGGAGCCUGUGCCUGCAGGACCGGCUCUACGCCAACGGCGAGGACGGCCGCGUGCCCGUGGCCGACUACUGGAACUCGCCGCGCGUGGGCGUCUUCCUGGACUACGACCGCGGGCGCCUCAGCUUCUACGACGCCGUCACCAUGAAGCGUCUGUACAUGUUCGACACCUGCUUCAUGGAGCCCGUCUACCCCUUCUUCAGCCCGGGCAAGAACGACCCGGGCAGCCGCCUCUGCAUCUGCCACUACUACUGAGCCCAAGGUGAGUCCACCCCCCCCCCCCCCCCCCCCCCCCCCGCAAACGUGGACUCGCUCCGGCAGCGCGGCCUUUCCAAACAGCAAACGCCACUUUUGCCUCACUUUUUCGUGUGACGCUGACUCGACGGGCUGCGCGUUCCCAUGUAAAAAGCCAAAUUUGCCGUCUUGCGUUUGGUUUUUUCCUGGAGCAUUUCUUUUGAUUCUGUGUCGUAAACCCCCCCCCCCCCCACCCCCCACCCCACCCCCACCACCAACAGCGUCACGUGAUCGUUUUUGUUUGAUUUUGAAUUUUCAUGCACACAUUUCCCAUUCCAGGCGAACUUUUUAAAUAGUGAAUCGUUUCUCAAAUGUAAUAGUUUUUUUGUCGUGUAAAAUUUGACACCUGCAAAAUUCCCCUCAAAGGUGGCGUGAUCAUUUUUACUUCAAACUGACUCGAUGGGCUGAAGUCCUUUUUUUCCUCUUUGUUUUAUGAUUAAAACAUAACGGUGUACUUUUUCCCCAUUUGUUUUUAUUCAAAUAAACAUUGUCACAAUUA